GGUAAGCGAGGAAAAUACAAAUGCAAAGGGAAUAAUGUUACUCACAAAGAACACGAGGUCGAGCUAUAAAAGGUCAUAAGCUACUAAAUUAAUCAUUCAUUUUUAUCCAUUACAUUCUAGCUAGUUCUUCAGUAUUGUUCCCCAUUCUGAUGGCCCAAUUAUGAUGAAACAAAACAUGGGUUCAACUGUUAUCAUAUCAAAUCAAAAUGAUACCUGUUUAUCCCUGCGUUUUAGUAUCAAUUUUAGAGUUUUUGUAUAUGGAAGGAGGGUCUCAAAAGAACCUCACAUUUUCAGAAUGGUGAAGGUUUAUAAGAUAGAAGUUAAUUGCUUUAAGGGUUAUGUUUAUUUAUUUAUUUCUGCUUCAGAAUGCUUGUGUAAGAAAUCCCUGCAAAAACAAUUCCACUUGCCGAAGCGAUUUUACUGGAAAAGGUUAUAUCUGUUUGUGUUCAACUGGGUUCAAGGGACCGACUUGUCAAGAAGGUAAGACACGUUUUCAAUACUAAAAAAAGUAUACAAAAACAAACGAAAAAAAAACACACGUAGACAUCACAGUUCGUGACGUAUUGCUCGAAACUCCCGGGUUUAAGGUCUAUAUAAUGUUGCAAACAAGUUUGGGUGGGCUUUUUAUAUCCUGGGGAUGGGAGGCGCUGAUGAAAAGAUUAAAAAAGCCUACACGAUCAUGAAGUUGGAAGCUAUUGCCCAUGUUAUCGACUAAUAAAGCAAGGAAAACUUUUUUCAGAUGUUGAUGAGUGUGCUGAGGGAUCACAUAAGUGCAGUGUUGAUGCUGUGUGUAACAAUACCAAGGGAUCUUACAAAUGCAUAUGCAAACCAGGAUACCAUGGAGAUGGAUUGACGUGCGAGGGUAAAAUUUUUAAAUUUUCUCAUCCUUUUUAAUCCAAUUUAGCCAGCAUGGUAAUUAUCGAUCAGAAACGUCUUUACAAUCAAGACCGAAGGUUCUACUGUGAGAAUACCACCUGCGACUUUGACAGGUGUUUCGUUCACUGCACACCACGAAGUUGCUUUUUUUUGGCUUCCCCGCUCAAGUUUAUAGUAUGUAAUAAGUACGAGAUUUAAAUAAACUUAUUAAGAUAGCUUAUCAAGCUACCAGUUUCACCCCAAAAUUCUAUUCAAUUAGCUUACAUUUGCUGAGUAAAAGUUUUUCGUCAGUUUUAAACGAAAUGUUACUUGUCCUGUGUAAUAUGCGUAUCAAGGCAUCAUCAGAUUGGGGUGGGUAUAUACUGAUCCAAAUACACCUCAACAAUACGCGAAAUACCCAUGUAAUUCUGUACUUCUCCUUAUUUUAGGUCCUUUCUCUCAUUCGUGCACAGAAAUUUACAAAAGUCAAAGGUACGUAAAAAUCGAUAAUUAUUUUUAGUUAAGUGUUAGGGUUGUGAAAGAAAACCCUAAAAAUAAACCAAGAGGUUGCUGAACGCCUUCUCGUAAGAGUAAAAUUAAAACUAUACAGUAGAACCUUAACUGAACGGUCCCUUGCAGACCAAGAAAUCUGGCCAUUUUAAAAUAAAGGUCGUUAUAGAAGGUUGGUUUGACAUUGCAUCUAUUUUUACAAAAAUCAGGUCUUUUUUGUCUUUCAAAAUCUUUCGUUACUACGGGAGUAAACCAAGUUUUGCCAUUCAGAAGAAAAUGCAUUUUGCCAAUAUAGAACGAAGAAGCCAUGUUAUGUGUUUCGCUAAAAUAAUUAACGACAACCAUGGUGUAUAUUCUUGUUAGCAAGAUGAAUCUGACAAAGUUCCCCGCACGAGCCACUUUUUACUCAUUUUGCCAAUUUAUCAGAUAUCAGGUCUACGUCGGAGACCUUGAAAAGCCUUGCUACGCGAUAAAUAUACUUUUCUAUGCCAAAACGUUUCAAAUACUAAACAUAUCUCGAACUGGAAAAAGCUGCACGGCCCUGUGUGCUAUGAGAGAAUUGAACAAAGGAUCAAGAAGAGAGAGCGACACUAGGUCCCUAUGUCAUGGUAUACAGCCAAAAAGCCAGUUCAUAGUAACAUAGUUGUUACUCCACGUAAAUCAAUAAAUAAAUGAAACAAAUAAUUAACACGUAGAAAAAACGACUUAGCCUCAGUUCACAGGAGAAUAGAGCUUAUCAACUUCUAGUGGAUUAUGCGAAGGUCAAUGUUUACUGUCACAUGACUGAUGAACUUGACAGCUGCGGGGGUGGUGGAUGGACUAUGGUAAUGAAAAUGGCCGGCGAGAAGGUAUCUUGCUUCUCAUCACUAUUAAACUUGAUGCAAAUGUUCUAUUGAAAUGGAAAAAUUUAACAGGUGACCUGUUGAUGAAAGGAACUAUCAUCAGUAUGCGCGAUAUACUGUCCCUUAAUGUAUAUCAAAAUAAUUGAGUUGAUGAUGGAAAUUGGCCACCGACUGUAAAGAGUUUCAAAGCUUACUUAGCACCGACUGCACGGAUGACACUUUCCCCUUUUCAAUCUUCCUUGUAAAGGAUGACAUGACCAAGCUUUAUCCUUCGAACAUUGGCAACGUAAACCUAACGUGGAAUUUCAAAUUCAUAAAUGAAUUCAGACGAAUGUUUAGCCUCAAUAUUUAUUCACCUAAAAGACUGACCCAAAAAAAGCAACCAGGAAAGCGAAAAACAACAAUAAUAAUGAUAACAGCCUUGAGGCUCAAUGCCGAAGGCCUCAAAUUUACGUAAACUAGACAGAUCAAGUUCCCCACUCUUGCUGUAAGAACAUUUCGAAUCAUUUUACCCGUUGUGAUUCUAAAAAAUUAUUUCCAAAUCGAUUCAACCAUCAUUCAAUUAACUUCAAAUUUUCCAUCUACAUAGCCAAACUUCAACUAUGAUUCAGAACUUUGGAAUAACACUGAUGACUUCAAUCCUAAAGGUGGGGAGACUGGGUUUGACUUAAAUGAGACGAAGCUACCGACUUACUGGAAAACAUCGUUCUCUAAGAUUUGUCUUGGAAUGAAGCUCGGCAAUCUUUCAAGGUUCAUUGUCAUCAAAAAGGAAGCCAGCUCUUUGUACUCGCUGAUCGCCGACGGACAUUAUCGUAAAACAUCACUGGGUCGUGACACAUGGAAGUCGCUGAUUGGCACCGAGGCAUCUUUACAAUUAAAUUGCAAUAAGGAAGGGUUCAAUGCUGUGGUUAAAGAUCAGUUUUCCAAAGCAAGGAUUGGUAUCAUUGCCAAUAACCAAAAGGAUUGCAAAUCCUGUGAUUCCAGAAUUGGCUUUGGCACAGGUGGCCCUCCUGACCACUCCAACACGUGUGGGAACACUGCAAGACACGGAGGAGAAAAUGGCGACAAAGACAUCAAAGCCAUGGGCUACAUCUUGGUUCAGUGA